AUGCGCAAAGCACCAGCAGCCUCGGAGCGGCUGGCGUACUCUGUGCUGGCGCCUUUGCGCAGCGCAUCGUCUCCCACAAGCCCCAUCGUCUGCCGACAAUGUCUCCUCCGAUCGUUUGCGACGACGGCCGCGCCGCUCGCGGGACACAACAAGUGGUCCAAGACGAAGCACAUCAAGGCCGUCACGGACAAGAAGAAGAUGUCUGAGCGAACGGCCUUUACCAAGCUCAUUGCCAUAUACUCACGCAUGUACGGAGAGGAUAUCAAGUUUAAUCCACGAAUGGCCAACGUGAUUGCUGCUGCGACAAAAGCCAGCGUCCCCAAGUCCCUGGUAGAGGCCGCCAUUGCCAGAGGCCAGGGGCGGUCGGUCACCGGCGCACAGCUCCAGGCCAUGACGAUGGAGGUUCUCUUGCCUCCCAACCUCGCCCUCAUAGCCGACAUCGAGACAGAUAACCGACAACGUACCUGGAACGAUGUAAGGUACGCCGUUAAGAAAAACGGCGGAGUGACUGGCUCAACUGCAUUCUUUUUCUCGAGACGGGGGCGCAUCCUCCUCAAGCCCAAGCGAGCCGACCCGACAUUGUCGGACAUGAUAGAGGCAGCGAUUGAGCUCGACGGCACGGACGACAUCGAGCGGUUGCCAGACGGCGUGUUCCUAGUGUGGACCCAGCCGACCUCCCUCAUGGCAAUCACGGAAGCGCUGUCGGACCGUUUUGAACUGGAAGUGCUCGAUUCAGAUAUCAUAUGGGCGCCAAACGCGGACACAACGGUCUUCGUGGAGUCUCAGGACAUGGUGGAAAGCCUCGAGGCUCUUUUGUCCGGCAUCAGAGAAUUCCCCGAAGUCAAGGCGGUAUUCGCCAACGUCCGGCAAGGAGGCAUUGCCUUUGACGAAUGGGGUAGAGUAGCCAGGCUAAUAGAUGGAUGA